UUUCAGAAGGUCCAAUACGGUCACACGCAACUUCACGUUUUACAAAAUUUAAUUGAUUUCCUUAUUAUUUAACAACCGAUCGCAGCGACACGAGUGUGUGCGUGUGAUCAGUUAUAGAAAGAGAUUGCUAAGGAAUCCCUACCAGAAUGCUAGUCAUCAACUCAUGCAGAGCUGUCUCCAGAUUGGCGCUACGCAGCCUCAAUUUGCGAUCGCCGAUCGCAACGCGCACUUUCUUUGCGGGAUUGGCCCUGAAAACGAAAGAUGUUGUUAACAUAACAUUCGUGCGUGCCAACGGGGACAAGAUCAAGACGUCCGGCAAAGUGGGCGACUCCCUGCUAGACGUGGUGGUCAACAACAAUGUGGAUCUUGAUGGCUUCGGGGCCUGCGAGGGCACCCUGACCUGCUCCACUUGCCACCUGAUCUUCAAGACAAGCGACUUCGAGAAACUGCCGGACAAACCCGGUGAUGAGGAGCUGGACAUGCUGGAUUUGGCUUACGAAUUAACAGAUACCUCGCGACUGGGCUGCCAGAUCACCCUGUCCAAGGACAUGGAAGGCCUGGAGGUGCAUGUGCCCUCCACCAUCAAUGACGCUCGUGCCGCGUAGAUACACACCACCACUGUUAUCAAUUGUUACAAUUUUGAGUGCUAAGUGCUAAUUCGCUUUAGUUCAACCUAGAUGUAGUCAAUAAUUUUGAAUGAAAUCGUAUGUAUUGUCCCAGGGACACGAACCUCAGGCGGCUAUAAUGGAUACACGCAUAAAUCCGAUUCCAGAUGCGGAUUAGCGUGCGCUGUUGUUUUUAAAGUGUUUAAGCUCAAAGGGAUUAGAUCAAUAUGUAAAUAUGUGUUUGCAAUAAAUUUACAUGUUUUUUCGUA